AUGUGGAACUCGAAACUGGACUAUUGUUUAACUUUUCUCAAAUGCGAAGUCGGUAUUGUUGGUGGAGGAUUUUCUGGUCUCUACAUGGCCUACAGACUUCUGAAGACUGGGAAAGAGACUAGAGUUWGUAUCUUUGAGAAAGAUUCUCGAGUUGGAGGAAGGAUUCGUGAUUUUCGCUUUGAGCAAGCGCCAAACGUGCAUGUUGCAAUAAUGAUAAUUUGUAUUUUAUGUCYUCGAGAGCUAUCAAAGCACCAUGUUUGUUAUCUUGUAGAAGGAAAGUCAAAGUUAAAUGUGAAGUUACAUCUCGUGGAAGAGCUUGGAAUCCAGCAUACCGAAUGGACUUUUGUAGAGCCAAGUUUGCAUGAAUCCAGAGAAAUCAAGUCAAGCAAUCUUGAAGAUAUUAGAAAAGGCUACCCAUMUCUCCUUGCACACCCUGUAUUUGGUAACAUGACGAGUAAUGAGUUGAACAGCUAUGCUUACAGUCCAGAAAACGUUGCAAAGGCAGAUCAAUAUGCCACUGUCUCAACUUACUUUUCCAACAUCAUCACUCCUGAAGGAGCAAAGUACCUUUCGGAGCUGUACGGCUACAAAGGAGACUUUACUGAAUUUAUCAGCCCAAAGGGUUACAUUGAAUUCAGUGAGGUGUCCAUGCAGCUGUCUGAUGAAUAUGUAAGACCAAAAGGUGGUAUGUCAUCCAUCAUAGCGAACCUUCAAAGAAAGGUGGAAAAUAUGGGUGGAUAUAUCUUUACCAAUACCGAAGUAAAAGGACUGUUGAAAAAAAGAAAUGGAUAUGUGUUAAUUUUACCCCAUACUAGGGUCAAAUCAAAGAAACUGAUCCUGGCCGUCAAUCCUGAACACCUAAAGAAGAUCAAAGGGUAUGUUGCAAGAAAGAUCCAAGGGGAUGACCGUUUACACGCGAUUCAGCCUGUUCCAGCAUUCAAAGGAGCAGCGGUUUACGAAAACGCUUGGUGGGAGAAUCUAGAAGUUGCAGGGACACCUGUUAAACCUGGGCAAAAGUUUAUAUCUUACAGCAAUUGUCUGGGAACAAGUAUGGCACAUAGAGACAAGGGUUUGAAAGGAGAAGGUGUGCUUCAUACUAUGUAUUCUGAUGGGGACUGCGCCAGGAAAUGGAACGAUAUCGCUACUAUGGACAAGAAUUAUAUUGAUGUUGAAGUUCACCGAGCAUUGGAAACRAAGUAUGGAAUAAAGAUUCCUAAACCUCUAAACACCAGCUAMCAAUACUGGGACUCUGCUUGGCAUUUCCAGAAGGCCGGCACACCUUUCACGAUGGUUGACAUAAGUAACUGGGCCAAACGACCACUAAAUGGGCUAGAUCUUUUUGUGGUUGGAGAAGCGUACAAUCCAAUGCGUGCCUGGUGCGAGGGAGCGAUCCUCUCGUGUAAAAAUGCCUUACAAGAAGGUUGGGGCAUCCAGAUGGAUGAGAAAGGUCUGAUGACAACUAGAAAUAUUGAGACUAAAGCGGAUCUCAGCAGACUUAUGCUAUCAAAAAGGAUUGUUCGUCCAUAG